UUUGCUAGUUUGCAGCUGCCGAGAACCAUCUUGCAUCGCAAUUUAUUCUGUAUUUUACCAAUGAGAUAAUGGAAUAUUACCUGGAGGCGUCUGAUUCCUGGAACAAGCCAAAAUGUAAGGACUACUUAUUUGUUUGUUAAACGUAUACGUACUGUAUAGAGUCGUAGGAUGGGCUGCACCCCGUCUCAUAAUGGGAUCAUUCAAAUCAUUGCAAAGAAUGCAACUAAACCUUUACAGAAAAACAAAGCCAUCCUUCCACCUAAUCACGAUAACAAUGGAAUUACAAUCCCUUUACCGGGUAAUAAAAGCCCAGACUGUUAUAUCCAAAAUGAAGAAAUCAGGCAGAAAGAUAACGUACAAGAAAGUCACCACCAAACUAGCCAUUUGCAGAAAGGCCUUUCUGAUGGACUCUCUAGAAAAGGGUCUGUUUCAGAGGAACAAGAGAACUAUGAAAAUCAUGGGACUGCUGAUGAAGCAAUGGUUAACUUAUCGUACCAGAAGAGGAGGAAUGUAAGGAAACACAGCUCAACUGGUUCAGAGCAAGAGCUGCCCGUCACUGUACAACAAGAGGGCAAUCCGAGGAGAAGUAGGAAAUCCAAAUCCCAGAGGCUGAAACACGGGCGACGUGCAAAACCAAACCAAACUGCCUCUUGUGACAUUCAAAAGAAAGUUGACUUCCCGGAACAGCUUGUCAAGGCCCACCAGGAUGCCUAUGCCUUCCUGAACCCUAAUCUGUCAAAAUAUGAAGCCGUCAUUUCUAUGGCAAACCAGGCAACCCAGACACAUCUUAUCAUGCAACAGAUGAUUAGCUUCAUGGCCUUGAGAUUUGAUGAGAUCGAUCAAUGUUUGGGAGAAAUUGUAGGGGAUGGUGAAAAACUUCUGAAAUCUGUGGGGGGCAACCUUACCUGGCCUCCUGGAAAAGGAGAUCCUGCCGAUCAACCAGAUCUGUUGCAACAGCUAUUACAGUACACUGUUGACAAAAUGCAAUCCUUAAACUGCACUGUAUCUUCUCUGACCACAAACGCCUUGCAGGAGACCUGCCGUUUCUUACAGUCGGCUGCUGACAAGUUUCAGGAAAAGCUGAAAAUGAAGGAAUACCAGGAUGAGCGCCUGCUGAAGAUGAUCAAAUCGAUGGAAGAGUUAGCAGCUGGUUCGCCACCGCCCCAGCCCAAUGAUGCAACACUUUACUCAGAGGAUAGUGGAAUUGGGGGUGAUAGUGAAUCUGUCAGAGGAUACAGAUCCCAUGAUAAUAUGGGAAGGCAGGUAAGCAUCGACUCAUCAGUACAAGUAUGUAUGCAGAAAAGUGAAGGAAUUGCACCACUGCAAUUAUCAAUCAAUGACAACAAGAUACCUGACCCUGCUGCACACUUGAAAAGUCGCUCUGACCAAAAAGAAAGCAUUGAUCUGUCAUCUCAGGCACAAGUGAACCAUCCAAGAGUGUCUAAACAAACCAGCUUGCCCAGCAGUCUUUCAACGAGCUCACUGGCCUCCACUACAACUCUAGAACAAGAUGGCAGCCAUGAUCAGGAAUCGGAAGAAUCAACUAGCAGCAAUGAGUGCAGUGAUGAAAGUGAAGAUGACAAAAGUAUACAAAGUCAAAUCACAAUACCUCAAAGGCCUCUCACAUCUCCAGCAGGCACAUGCGCAUAUAAAGUGUCAUGCAAGCGGUUGGAAAACCCAGAAAAUGAGGAAAUGACUUUGAAAAUGAAAGAAGCUAUCAGUGAAAAAAUCAAGUUCAUCCCUGGUGAAUCCAGCACUAAUGUUUGGACCAGGGAAGUGAAUUCAGAAGUAGUGAGACCUAGUACAGCAGAUGGCAGCAACAGAAAAUCUUCUAGGCACAGGAGAUCUAGAUCUGCUGAAUCACUCAGAAGCCAGGGUGAGGACCCAACUUUGUUAGAACUUCAGAGGACUCAAAAGGAACUUAACAAGAAGCUAGAACAGUUGUACUCAUCAAAUGGAACUAAAAAGAAAGUAACGCCGGAAAACCCCAAUGUCAAGUCAUUCUCACAUACUGCUACCUUUAGCUCGAGUAGUACAACAUCAACUCAAAAACUGAAAGCUUGUCUUGAUAAAAGUUUCAACAUUUUGCCUAGCCAGGAAAAAGUUACCGUGAGGAAGAUUGCUACUGCCAAGGAUUCUAACAGCACCCAAAACAAUAAGAUGACAGGAACAACAUCUGUCCGGAAACAAGAUGCCAAGAGUGAAGUUAAUACUACUUCGGUAGAACGAAAACUGGAAAGUAUAAAUGUUUCUCCUCAGAAGUCUGUUCGGAAACUUAUUCAAACAUUUAGUCCGGCGGAUGACGCCAUAAAAAUAACAAGCGUAAAAACUUUGGGACCACUUAGAUGUGUUAGGAAAUUUGGAGUUCCUGUCCUUCCCCCCUCUAUUCCUGCCUGUAAAGAGUUACGACCGUUAGACAACAAAAGUCAUAUAUUAUCAACAGAAGAGGAAUAUCCAAGUUCAAGUAUGCCUUCCUUCCAAGCUUUAAUGUCUCAAAAUGAUAUCAGUACUGACACAGCUGAAUCUAUGGCUGAAGACCUUGAGAACCUGCCUCCUCCUCCUCUCGAGAUACUUAUGGAUGAUUCCUACAACUUACUCCCAAAGAAUGAACAUGAGAAAAAUAUCAACUUAACUUGCCCCAUGAAUAUGACAUCUAUGUCUCAAAAAAUAAAAACAUCAAUAAAUAUAAAAAACUUGUUACCCAAUAGAAAGGCUACUGGUACAUACACAUCAGCAGACAACCCUAAUAGGAAAAAAGAGCCAACUACUGAACUUCAAAAAUACUCUUUGGAGUCUGGGCAGCAGCAUGUGGACAAACAAUUAGGCAUGGAUAUUCAGAGAAAGCAUGAAAUAGAACAGGCCGCUCAUUUGUACAAACAGUCACAUAAAAUAAUCCAUUUGCAGAAUCACGGGGAUGGCGAAAUGGUGAGGUUGACCCCCGAUGGAGAUACUGCCAUACCAUGUUUACCUGCCUCCAUACCUAAGCCAAAGCAAAGUUCUUCAACUUUACAGAAAAAUGAGAAGAUUCCAGUGACGCUUAGAAGAACUUCUCCAACAAGACCCACAGCUUCAUCUCCACCAACAGAGAGAAAACUAACAAGCCCACCAGCCAAUAAGGUGACAAAUAAAGCUUAUUCUCAUGUACCCAGGCCUCCACCGGUGCAGAAAAACAUCAGCCCUACAAGCACUCCAAGACAAUCGAGUCCUCCUGUUCAAAGGAAGGUACCCAGCCCCCCAUCGCAACGAAAGUUGCCAAGUCCUCCUCAAAUUCGGAGACAACAAAGUCCACCAAGCCAACGCAGGCUGCCGAGCCCACCGCAAGUGCAAAGACAACAAAGUCCACCAAAUCAGCGCAGGCUACCAAGCCCCCCAGGCAACCGUAUUGAACCUAGAUCCCCUUCUCCAUUUACACCUUCUCCCCCAGUUUCGCCAUCCUUUACACACAAGGGAUUACGACGCUGUACUGAUGAACCACAGGCUUCCUCAAAAAUGAUUGGCAAUGCACAAUCCAUAUUUUGCCCAUCAUCUACUUCAUUAUUUGAAACCAAACCCCCAUCUCCACCAAACACAGGUACUUUGGAAAGCGCUUCUAAUAAGGUUUCAAGUCCUGUCCUGAAGCACAGUCUCUCUAGUUACCAGUAUGGGGACCAGCACAGAAGACUUGCGACGAGUGCCGCAAACCCUCAACCCUUUGUCCGGAGGUGUUACUCUGACCGGAGGCCAAGAGUUCAGCUCCGUCUUCCGACAUCUGUCUCCGCGUCUGCUGUCAGUGAUUCUGCUCUUCACCAAAUUGGGUAA